AUGAGUCUUUCCGAUCAGAUCGUCAGUCCCGCCGAUGAGGCCGAUGAGUCCGAUGCCGCAGCCAUCGUGGCCAACGAUAUUGCUCCCAUGGAGCAGGAGGCCCUGGCCAAACGGCAGCUAACCAUUGAGAUCUUCACACACUUCCUGAAUAUCUCGGUGGAGGAAAAUCGAGAAAUCGAUGAAAAGAUUAUCGUAAAGUUAUUGGAGAACCUAGACACAAAGGAUUCGGGAGAGCGCGAUUGUUCACAGGAGCUUUUGUUUCGCAUCUACCGAAGGUUUGAAGGAUUGCGUCCUUAUAUUCGAAAGCAGAUUACCAACGUAUUCUAUCGAUUCAUUCAUGAAACGGAACAAAUUGAUGGCAUUGCAGAGCUUUUGGAGCUGUUAAAAGUAAUAAUUAAGAAUUAUGAUGUACUACCGCUGGCCGAUCGAGAGCAGUUACUGCUCAAUGUCCUCUUGCCAUUGCACAAAAGCGAAUCACUAAAAACCUUUAACGUUCAGCUGGAGAGCUGCGUUCUAGAUUUGCUGAAGGAGAAUGCAUCUCUCAUUCCCAAGUUUAUCAACGGCCUGCUAAGGCUCUGGCCCAAGACAUCAACGAAGAAGGAGGUCAUAUUCAUGAAGGAGUUGGUUAAGAUUCUGCAAAUUACCAAGCACAAACAGUUUCUCAAAAUCCUGAUACCGCUGUUCCAUCGGACUGCCAAAUGCGUGUCCAGUCCUUGUGUUCUUGUAGCCGAGGCUGCUUGUUAUCUGUGGAGCAAAAAGGAGAUCGUUCGGCUUAUAAUAAAGAACAACGAGGACAUCAUGUCCAUCAUGUUCCCCACGCUGUAUCAAGUUAGCAGGGAGCAUUGGAGCCAACAUAUCAGGGACAUUGUCUAUAGCGUCCUAAAGAUCAUAAAGCAGAUUAACGAGGACCUAUUCAUGCAGCUGUGCCGCACCUACAACUACAAGUUGGAGCUCAAAACUCUCUGCUCUCUCUUGGCUCUCAGCCAGGCCAAACCCCAGGGCUACAACUAUGGCAGCGGAGUCUCCGGUUCGCUGACCACCAGCGGCGGUUCCAGCGGCUCCUUCCUGGCCGCCCCCAGCCACGCCUCCUAUGGCCCGCUGGGUGCCUUCCAGACGGCCAGCGUUGGCUCUUUGGUGGGCAGCUCCUCUGCUCCCCAGGCUGUGAGCCACUAUGGUGGCGGAAAUGGAGCUACCUACUCCACUGGUGGUGGAAAUGGAGGAGCUACCUACUCUACUGGCGGCGGAAAUGGAGGAGCUACCUACUCUACUGGCGGCGGUCAUGGAGGAGCCACCUACUCCACUGGUUCUUCCAACUACGGCGGCGGCAGCUCCAGCUUCACCGGCUUCGGCCCAUCGCCCAACAUCGGAUUCGGCGUUCUGGCCGGCUAUCAGGCACCCAGCUACCAGCAGCAGCAGGAACAGGAGGUGCAGCGCGGCUUCCAGGAGCCCAUCAUCCACAAGCAAUUCUUCACAGUCGCCGCACCCGAAGAGCAUGAGAAUCUGGAGCGUUCCAAGCAUCUGGUGAUUGGACGUCCGCAGAAGAACUAUCGUGUCGUUUUCAUCAAGGCCCCGUCGUCGAGCAAUGCGAAUGUCAAGCUGUCGGCCGAAUAUGCGCCCAAGGAGGAGAAGACCGUCAUCUAUGUGCUCAGCAAGAAGGACAACCAGCUGGAGGUCAACGAUAUUGCCACGCCCGCACCCACGGUGCCCAGCAAGCCGGAGGUCUUCUUCAUCAAGUACAAGACCGAUGCGGAGGCCUCUCAUGCCCAGCAGCAGAUUCAGGCCGAAUACGACAGGAUCGAGGGAACCUCGGAGCACCAGGAUGGCGGAGUGGCCCCCGCUCAGUCGGUGGUGGGCAUUCUGGAUGGUGGUGCUGUUGGCGCCGCCAGCUCUGGCAGCUCUCACUUCGUUUCCGGCUCCACUGGCGGCAGCUCUGGCUUCGUUUCCGGCGAAUCCACUGGCUCCAUUGGAUCCACUGGCGGCAGCUACACCUCCUCCUCCUCCUCGGGCGGCAGCUCUGGCGGCAUCUCUGGCGGAAUCUCUGGAGGAGCCAUCAUCAAGAACGCCCAGAGUGCCACCUAUCUGCCUCCCAGUGGCAAAUAGAUGAUCACUCUGAAGUGGCUGAGGCUUAGCAACAAUUUUACUGUACAGUGAUGCAAUAGUCAAAGGUUUUUUUUUUUUUGAAAGCAUAAAUAAAUUUUUAACGACAUAGAAGAAUAUAAA